GGGAGUAGUUUAAUACUUGGACUGUCACACUUUAGACUGGUUUGACAAGUCGCGGAUUCACUUCACACAACAAUGUAAUAAAGUCAUGUGAAAUAGAGAGACAUUUGAUUAAAAACGGAAAGGAGAAAGAGAAGCGGAAACACCGAGGCGUCGGUACAGAAAAGUUAGGAUGGGCGACACCACGUUUACUACCACUGGAUCCAGAUGGCUCCUGCCUGUCAGUGAAUUCCUGAGGUUUCCUCUUGAUCAGGUGAAUUUUUUGGCAUGCCAGCUGUUUGCCCUGAUUGCUGCCUUCUGGUUUCGUCUCUACCUCAGUCCCGGCCAUGCCAAUCCCCUGGUCCGGCACGCUGUGGCCACUCUCCUCGGCAUUGCCUUUCUCAUCUUCUGCUUUGGAUGGUACUCGGCUCACAUCCUGACAGUGGUGGUUGCAAGCUACUUGAUUAUCAUUCAAGCUGACAUCAACAAUGUACACAG